AUAUGUGUUUUCCCCAAUCCCAUGCGUUUGAACUGCAAACACUUCCUCUCUCCAACAAAUCUCAUCGUCCAUAUAAACAGAGCAGAGACAGCGCCGAGAACGGAGCCCCCGUUGAAGACCAAAAACGCAAAUUGCCUUUCGCUCUCUCCCCUCUUCCGUGUCAGCUUUGAUAAGGAAGAGCAGUGAAGUGGGGGCUCCUCUCUGUUCCCCCUGCUGCUCUGUUUCCCCGUCAAUGUCGGGCGCGACUCGGCGCGACGUAUCCGGCGGCUGCGGGAUCACCGAGCCGGCCGCGACCCAGUUCGAGGUCUCCAUUGAUCCGCCCGUCAACGGCCACCUCCUCCUUCCCCGCGGCGGCCUGGCUCCAAUCGCCGGGGAGCAGACGUUACGUCAGGGAAAGAGUAGAUGGGGGACGCUGCUACUCGCAUACAAGACGCUCGGAGUCGUGUUCGGGGGCCUCGUCACGUCUCCUCUUUACGUGUAUCCAUCGAUGCCAUUGACGUCUCCGACAGAGGAAGACUACUUGGGAGUAUACAGUAUCAUGUUUUGGACUCUCACUCUCAUCGGUGUCGUUAAAUAUACUUGUGUAGCUCUCAAUGCCGAUGAUCAGGGCGAAGGUGGGACAUUUGCAUUAUACUCGCUACUCUGUAGGAAUAUGAACAUCGGAAUUCUCAAGUCCAAACGUGUAGAUUCCAACUCGAAUAUCUUAAGGAAUACCCUGCCUGCUGAAAAGCAAACUAGGCUUGCGAAAUUCUUCGAAAGGAGCAUAGUUGCUAGAAGAGUACUCCUGUUUAUUGCUAUGUUGGGCAUGUGCAUGCUUAUCGGAGAUGGUAUCCUCACCCCUGCAAUUUCCGUGCUAUCAGCAAUUGAUGGACUGAGGACACCUUUCCGGUCAGUAGUCAGCAAGUCUCUAGUGGAAGCUCUCUCAGCAUUAGUUCUGAUUGUGCUGUUCCUUCUCCAAAAGUUUGGGACCUCUAAAGUGAGCUUCAUGUUUUCUCCUAUCAUGGGGGCAUGGACUCUGUCCACUCCGCUCGUUGGAAUUUAUAGCAUCAUAAAGAAUUACCCGGGCAUAUUCAAGGCCCUGUCUCCUGUCUACAUCGUGCGUUACUUCAUGAGGAAUGGGAAGAACGGCUGGCUUUCACUUGGGGGCACCGUGCUCUGUAUUACAGGUUCAGAAGCAUUGUUUGCAGAUCUUGGACACUUCAAUAGAGCUUCCAUUCAGAUAGCAUUCUUGUUCACUAUUUACCCAUCAUUGAUCCUUACAUAUGCCGGUCAGACUGCCUACUUAAUCAAGCACCCUCUCGAUCACGACGAUGGGUUCUACAAGUUCAUUCCUCACAGCAUUUACUGGCCGAUCUUCAUCAUUUCCACUUUGGCAGCCAUUGUGGCGAGCCAAUCGCUGAUCUCAGCGACCUUUUCCGUGAUCAAGCAGUCUGUUGUACUGGAUUACUUUCCUCGGGUCAAGGUGGUUCACACAUCCUCGAGCAAUGAGGGCGAGGUUUACUCCCCCGAAAUCAACUACAUCCUCAUGGUUCUUUGUGUCGCAGUCAUUCUUAUCUUUGGAGAUGGGAAGGACAUCGGGAAUGCUUUUGGUGUUGUUGUAAGUCUAGUCAUGCUCAUCACGACUGUACUCCUGACCCUUGUUAUGAUCACUAUAUGGCGGACACCGGCAGUCCUCGUCGCUCUCUACUUCAUGGUAUACUUCGUCAUGGAGGGUGUUUAUGUCAGUGCGGUCCUGACGAAGAUCCAUGAAGGCGGAUGGAUCCCCUUCGCAAUAUCAAUCAUCCUUGCCUUCAUCAUGUUUGGGUGGUUCUAUGGGAGGCAGAGGAAGAUAGAGUAUGAGCUCACCCACAAGAUUGAUCUCGAGAGACUUGGUGUCCUGUUAUCUGAUCCUGGUGUUCAGAGGGUCCCAGGCUUGUGCUUCUUCUAUACGAAUAUCCAGGAUGGGUUGACGCCGAUCCUCGGGCACUACAUCAAGAACAUGAGGUCUCUCCACAAGGUCACGAUCUUUACUACCCUCCAGUACUUGUUGGUCCCGAAGGUAGCCUCACAUGAGAGGAUUGUAGUUAAGAAGCUUGGACUCAAGGGGUUGUAUGGAUGUGUGAUCCAAUACGGGUAUGCAGACUCGCUCAAUCACGAGGGGGACGAAAUUGUAGGCCAAGUCAUGAGCUGUUUGCAGGCCCAUUUGAGGAGCAUGUCAAACUUUGAGUUGUCCUCUGAUCCUCUGGAGGUUGAGCGGGAAGUUUCCGAAAUAGAAGAGGCAACGCGUCAAGGUGUGGUCCAUGUCCGAGGGAAGACCCGUUUCUACGUGGGUCCUAAUGGUGGGUGGUUCGAUAAGGUCUUGCUUGCAUUCUACGAGGUCUUGCAUAGCAACUGCAGAUCAGCUCUCCCUGCUCUCGGGGUCCCAUUACAGCAGCGAAUUGAAGUGGGAAUGCUCUAUGAGGCGUGAAUAAAAGGUGACGAGGUCUCAUUGUCUCUUGUUCGGGGUUGUAACAAAUAGUAUUUUUUUCCCCCCUGCGGUGGAGUAACAAAUAGGCAUUUAGACUGUAGAAAGUUGCGAUAGGGAGUUAUAGGAAUUACAUAGAUGCAGGUUAUUAGUAUGGGAGAUACUGUCGCAAGUUCGAUUGGUCUCUUGUUAUUUCUAGUAUAUUACAAGGGAAUUCCAUGUGGGAAUCAACACUUGCUCGUGUAUGUAAGCGACAGUAUUCUUCGGUUUUACGACGACCAUAUUCUAGUAUGUAUACGAUGUUCUCCAGAUUUCAGCUGA